AUGUCUAUCCCUCGCCCCCCUACAACUACAGCUCCACUGGGGCGAUACUCCACCUCAAGUAACAGGCCCACCUUCGAAGAUCUAAAUCCCCGCCAUUCCUUCCAAGCUACCCCUCCAUUUGAGUCUGAUAUGGACUACCGCCGCUCCAGUUUCGGUUUAGGUUCUCGUCCCCACAGCUACCACCCCCAGAUUCACCAAGAGUUCCCACGGCACCCGGUAAUUGUCCACGGUGCUCCGCCACCGAUCACUCGUUAUGUUUGCUUUCAGAAAAGACCCAGUGGUCGCCCGUGGAAAAAUGAAUGGGAGACUUGCGAUCAUAUAACUAUGAGCAUUUCCCCAGAAGAAACAGAAAAACAGAUCAGGAAGCAUGAUGAACCCGGGAGGGAUAUUGGCACUUGUAUAUCUAAGCUUGGGAAAUACCAACUCAGGCAUCUGAGAAAACAGGAGGACAAACUGAACAAGAGUGAGAAGGAUAUUAAGAACUUCAAGUGGGUUGUUUCCGCCGUAGGGAAGGAGAAGAAACAGAGUGGCGGAGCAUCACAGACGUUCUGGGCAAUAUAUUCUAGGCAGUCGAGAUUCCGUCCUACUACCGCUCCUGCGCCGGGGAGACCCCCAUUGCCAGGAAGGUCGCAGACAUAUACACAUCACUCUACCGCUCCUAUCCGCCGCGAAGAACAGCCUUAUGAUGGUCCCAUCGUCGUUCAAUCUGUUGAGAUCCCCGCACCUCCACGUCCAAGUAGCUUUAUUGGAGGCCGCCCGGCAAGCUUCUCAGGCGGACGGCCAGCAACAUCAGGUGGCUACUAUGGGGGCGAUUUCAUGUCCCCUACCGGCCCUCCGCAAGUACAAGAUGUCAACCCGGUCCGCCAAGGGUUUCCAAUGUUCUCCACCCCCGGCCCACAGCUACGAGAGGUUGAUGGAAGGUCAUCAUUCACACAUGCCCAGUUGCUUAGCCAAGCUGCAGAUGCGUUUCCGAGGGCGGCCACGAGGAUGCCGUUGGGAGUUGAGGCACAAGGUUUUGGAUAUCAACAGCCUCAUAGUGCGGAGCCGAGGACUUCGAUGCCCUCUAUCACUAGGACUCAAAGUACGAGAGUUGAGCAGUCCUUCCAGGCCGAACAGCCAUCGAAACGCUCACCACGCCACAGUGAAGCUAGACAAAGCCGGCGGACACAGCAGACUCCACCACAGGAACGCCAUAGAAGAAGUAGUAGCAUGGCAGCGCCCAGGGUCCGCCAGACGGAGAACUAUCAGGACCACGCACCGCCGCCCGCAGAAAACCGGAAGAGCAUGAACCGUCGAUCCACAGCAGUUGAGCUACCGGAGGUUUAUCCAGAGGAUAAAAUGAACCGCACCGACCGUUGGGUUGAGUCUAGUAUCAGCGGUAGCAGCGGGCUAGGAACAUCGACUGUUGGCAGCGGUGACGGCGGAAGCGUGGUCGGUGACUAUGUACUCAACCCUCCGCCAAUGGGGAAAAGAAGAAAUAGUGUAUCUACCUAUGCGGGGAAGGACUACUAUCAAAACACUAGCGGCAACAGACGGAGCAUGGCAGGAGAUUAUUAUGUAGAUGCCAAGCCGGCGCUUGAGAUGCAGAUGCAGUAUGAAACCACUCCGCAACACCAAAGGGGAAGGCUAGAACCAAAAUAUGUGGGGUAUCAUGGUGUAGGGGCGAAGAGGAGUGCCAGCCGCAGAAGAAGCCGGUAUGGGGGCGCAGAAGACGGGGACUAUGAUAGCACAAGCAGGAGGGGGCCUUCGAGACCACAGUACAGGAGAUACAGGGGCUUGGUUGAGUAUGGGAGGUAG